UUAUGUAGGAGUGUUUUCUCGCCUAUACAGAUAGGGAAAUUGGAAUUCCCAACCAUAUAUACAUACUUUACACAACAGUGUCUCCCACAUAGCAUAGUAGCAGGAAAAAUGUCUAACAUUUUGGGGAAGAAGAAGUUGUACCUCUGCUUCUCCAAAUUCAAGUGUCUACCCACCCUCACUCUAUCCCCACCACCCACGGAUGAAGAAGAAGAAAACGAGAAUAUCACAGCCGCCCAACUGAACAACCCUUCAUCAGUAAUCAAGAAUUUCAACUCCCUCUAUGAUUCCAACUCAGGUUCAAUCUCCAAGUCUCUUACUUCCUCCACAGACAAUUUUUUCUCUUCAUCUGAUGAUUCUGAUGCUGAUUUGGUUCCUGAUUUUGCUACGGUUUUCGCGUCCCAACGCUUCUUUUUCUCCUACCCUGGCCGCUCCAACUCCAUAGUUGAGUCCACGGACGGGCCGCCAGGGCCGGAAUCUGACACGGUGGUUAACGGUGGCAUUGCCGUUCAGACUUACUCUCCGAACCCAUAUGCUGACUUCAGAAAAUCGAUGCAAGAGAUGGUCGAAGCACGAGAGUUUACAGAUGUUAAGAAUGAUUGGGAUUUCUUACAUGAGCUUUUCGUGUGUUAUCUAUCCUUAAACCCUAAACACACCCACAAGUUUAUCGUUGGCGCAUUUUCAGACCUUAUCGUAACUCUCAUGUCACCCACGGCCAACAAUCCACAUGAGUGACAUGCGAUUAGUAGUGAUUCCGACUUCAUGUGAGUUGAUCUUAUUAUUUUUUAUUUUUUAGUUUUCAACUCUCUCU